AUGUCUUCUUCAGCGGCAGUAACCUCGGCCUCAACUAUAACCCCCGACUCCACCAAACCCUUCCAAGGAACCCCUCCAUCCCUCUCACUACCUCCAUCCCAAUUCGCCAGACUUCAACCGCAUUCCUACCUCCUUGCGCACCUUUCACCUUUAUCUCCAGAUUCAAGAACCCCCCUGCGCGUAAACGGGCGCGUACCCUCCCAAUUCCGCCCUGUAUCCAUCAACACAGGCUCACUCACACAUACAAAUGCCAGUGCAGUGGUUCGCAUUGGAGACACAGUCGCGGUAUGUGGUGUGCGCGGUGAGAUUCUCUCGACGAAUGAUAUAGCUGCAUGGAAUGUGUCGUCGUCAGAUUCAACCACGCCAAAGCGGAGGAAAGCUGGCGAAAUACGAGCAGAGCAACAACUACAACAGAGAAAACAGAGACAACAACACCAAAACGAACCAAUGGAAGACGAGGACGAAGAUGGUGAUGAAGAUGAGGACGAAAUCCACACCUUCAAUCUCCUCGUCCCCAACCUUUCGCUCAACACGGGAUGUACCCCCAGCAUAACCUCAUCUGCAGCCCCUUCAGCCCUCGCCCAAUCGCUCUCGCACAAACUUCUCUCCCUCCUCCAUACCACCCGCCUAGUCCGGGCCUCCGAUCUCCGCAUCCUCCACCACCCACCCGACCUCACAGGUAUAUUGACCUCCGACAAAUCCCCACGAGAACAGCCGCAAGGACCAGAACCGGAGAGCGAACCAGAAAUAAAGGCCUUCUGGACGCUCUACAUCGACGUCCUCAUAAUCUCGCACGCAGGCAACCUCUUCGACGCGGCAUGGGGGGCCAUAGUCGCCGCCCUGCGCGACACACGCCUCCCCAAGGCGUGGUGGGAUUUGGAUAGUGAAAUGGUGCUGUGUUCCGACGAUGUAGCUGAGGCACGGCCGCUGAGACUCCGGGGACUGCCGAUUGCGAGUUCGUUUGGAGUGUUUGAGGCGGACGAGAUGGAGAGGUGGAGGAUCCCGAUGGCGGUGGGUACGGAGGUGGAGGCCGGGACCGAUUCUGGGAAAUCGAAAGUGUGUGGGGAGGAGGGUGGUGGUGGCGGUGGCAGAGGGCCGCAGAGGUGGAUAUUGGCUGAUUUGGAUGGGUUUGAGGAGUCAUUGUGUGCGGAGAGGGUAUGUGUGGUAGUGGAUAAGGAGGCAAGGGGGCGUAUGAAAAUUCUGAAGUUGGAGAAGAAUGGCGGGUUAAGCGUUGGGAGGAGGGAGAUGAGGGAGUUGGUUGAGUUGGCAGCCGGGAGAUGGGAGGAAUGGAAGGGCUUGCUUACAGGGCGGUGA